AUGUCUGCAAUGAGAUUAAUUGACAUGCGACUCAAGAUCGUUGGAUACAAAAUUGCAAAAGUACGAGCAAGUUUAUUUCAAAUAAGUGGUGUCAAGAAAGAGCCACUGACAUUACCAGAGCCAGAAGGGGAAAUUAUAACACUUACAGAAAAAGUUUAUGUACCAGUAAAAGAGCAUCCAGAUUUCAAUUUCGUUGGAAGGAUUCUGGGCCCACGUGGUAUGACAGCCAAACAGCUGGAGCAGGAGACAGGAUGUAAAAUAAUGGUCAGAGGAAAAGGUUCCAUGAGGGAUAAGAAAAAGGCUGAAGGGGAAGACGAGUUAAAGAAGAGACAACUGAUGGAGCUUGCAAUAAUAAACGGGACUUACCGAGACUCAAACACAAAAGUAGCAGCAGCAGCAGCAUUUGACAUUGCAGCGUGCGACGAAGAGUGGAGACGUGUUGCAGCAGCAGCUGCUGAAACUCAGCGUCUUCUUCCUGGUUUAGGAUCCCAAAUGAGAUCGCCAAACGCACCACUAGGUGCUCCGUUAAUAUUAUCACCGAGAAUAUCCGUCCCAACAACAGCAGCAUCACUGUUAAAUGGUUCCGGCCCGCCAGGAUCAAUAUUAUCUGCCGGUGAUCCACAUGGUCUAAUUUACACACCUUACGCUGAUUACGCCAACUACGCGGCAUUGGCAGCAUCACCUCUUCUCACCGAGUACGCUGACCAUUCUGGUGCAGCAGCCGCUGCAAAGCAGCGUAGGCACCUUGGUCAAAUUCGCGAGCACCCUUAUCAAAGGGCAGGCGCUCUCUCGUGA